AGCUCCUCUUUUAUUGGUUUCUGCUCUAAUUCACUGGGCAAAGUUGUGCCACAUUUCCCCCCGAAGGCAAAUGCGAAGGUCAGCAAGCCCAGUGUUGCAAUGUUCCAGCCUGAAACCAGCUUGGACAUCGAGCAGAGUCGAAUUUGCCCUCUGGGGAAAGGUCAAGCAGCUUGUGACAGCAGAAAACCAAACUGGGUCCCAGUGGUGAGGCAAGACAGACCAGAGAGGCUGCUAAAAGCAGCUUCUGAGUUGUUGGCUUCCUGUGCUCAGCAAAAGCAUCCCUCCGAUUCUAGAGGGAAACUUAAAUCAUGAAGCUAAUUACUGUCCUGCUCCUCUGCUCCAGGCUGCUACCGAGCUUAACGCAGGAAGAAGCCCCCCAGGAAAUCGACUGCAAUGAUGAGGAUGUAUUUCAGGCUGUGGAUGUUGCUCUGAAGAAGUUCAACGCUGGGAAACUAAACGGCAAUCAGUUUGUGUUGUACAGAGUGACGGAGGGCACUAAAAUGGUUGGCUCUGAAACAUUUUAUUCCUUCAAGUAUCAGAUCAAGGAGGGGACUUGUUCUGUUCAAAGUGGCCUCACCUGGCAAGACUGCCACUACAAGGAUGCCGAGGAAGCUGCCACUGGAGAAUGUACAGCAGUCGUGGGAAAGAGAGGAACUAAGAAAUUCUCCGUAGCUACCCAGUCAUGCGAGAUUACUCCAGGCAAUGGCCCCGUAAUGACAGCCAAGUACACCUGUUUGGGUUGUGUUUACCCCAUAUCGACCAAUAGCUCCGAACUGGAACCUAUCCUGAAACACGCCAUCCAACAUUUCAACAACCACACAGAUCACUCCCAUCUCUUUGUUCUUGACGAAGUAAAAAGAGCCCAGAGACAGGUGGUGUCUGGAGUGAACUUUGAAAUUACCUACUCAAUUGUGCAAACUAAUUGUUCAAAGAAGCAUUUUCGACUCUUAACUCCAGAGUGCAAAUCCCUUCCGAAUGGUGAUGUUGGUGAGUGUAGAGAUAAUGCCUUGGUGAAUAUCGAUCAAAAAAUUGCUGCCUUCUCCCAGAGCUGUGACCUUUAUCCAGGAGAAGAUUUGUCACAGCCACUUCCUGAGAUUUGCCCUGGAUGCCCCCAGAACAUACCUGUAAACAGCCCGGAGCUGACAGAGGCACUUGGUCAUGCUAUCAGAAAGCUUAACACAGAAAAUAACCACUCUUUCUAUUUCAAGAUUGACAGCGUGAAAAAAGCAACUUCACAGGUGGUGAGUGGAAUGAUAUAUAAUAUGGAGUUCAUAGCCAGAGAAACUGAGUGUUCCAAAGAGAGUAACACAGAAUUGACAGCGAAUUGUGAGGCCAAGCCCGCUGGGCAAAGUCUCAAAUGCAGUGCUAACGUGUACCUGAAGCCUUGGGAGAACAAAGCGGAAGCGACUGUCAACUGCCAACCGUUAGAAAUGAAUACAAUGAUGAGAAGGCCUCCAGGCUUUUCACCUUUCCGAGUAAACCAAGGAACAAAAGCAGGAACAACUGUAAGUCCACCCUCUACUGCCAUGGUGCAAGAAGAGCAGAAUCCAGAAAAUGAACAAAGACCCACUCAUGGGCAUGACAGACUGACAAAGCAUAAGGUUGACCAUGCCCAAAAGCAUGGGCAUGACCAAGGCCAUUGGCCCCCAAAGAUUCAUGGCCUUGGCCAUGGACAUCAGAAACAACAUGGCCUUGGUCAUGGACAUCAACUUAAAUAUGAUUUUCUUAAACCCCAAAGGGAAGAUGGCUUUGACCAUGGACACACAGUGGGACGCGGUCAUAAGCAUGGUCAUGGUCAUGGCCACAGUAAACACGAAAAUAAAGACAAAAACAAAGGAAAGCACACUGACCGGAGAACAGAGCCUUUGGCAAGCUCUUCUGAAGACAGUACUACAUCCUCUUCACAGACACAGGGGAGAACAGCAGGGACCACCCCUAGCCCUCCCCUAGCUCAGCCAAGUGUUACCCCUUCUGGCUUCCAGGACUCAGAUUUAAUUGACAGUGUGGUGGCUACCCCACCACCAUAUGUCGCAGAGAUUGAUGAUGAUUUGAUCCCUGAUAUCCAUGUACAACCAGAUAGCCUUUCAUUUAAGCUGAUAUCUGACUUUCCAGAAGCAACAUUCCACACAUGUCCUGGACGCCCAUGGAGGCCAGUUAAUAUAAAGGAUCCAAUCACAGAAAUGGGAGACUUUUCUGAUUUUGACCUCACUGAUGCGCUUUCUUAAGUUGUGUAUACAGCCUGCUAGCUCAGAGAGGCAGGGAAAGCACCCAGCUGACUUUUCUCCUCCACCGUUGUCCCAGAAGCCUGUCCUCUCUCCUCAUCUCAAAUAAGUCUCUGCCAACUCACCCUCCCUCCCCUCUACUUCCUCUGCAUCUCUCUGUCCAUCCU